AUUUCGAUCAAAUUGCAUUUCGAUCUAAUAUUGAAAAUUCAAGUGCGAUCAAAAAUUCGUUAACACCAAAAGGUUGAAAUAUUUAAAGAAAAUGAGAGCAAGACAAUUGGCUAUACUUAUUUUGAUCACAGUUGGUGAAUUAAUUGUUGCUAUGCGGUAUCCUUAUCAACGGAACCCCGAAACUAUAAUGCAACGUUUACUACCUAAAACUUCGAUCCAACAACUACGUUCUGAAUCAAUGGAUUCUCAAAAUAACUACAACGCGCCAACGGAAAUGCGACAGACACGUUUUCUAUGUAUUUUUGUUGAUUUGUGUGCUACUAGUAUAGCUCAAUUUAUUGGUGGUAUUGGAGGUCUUUUUGGCCUUAGUGGUGGUGGUGGCGGUGGAGGUAUUUUAGGUGGUAUUUUAGGUGGUGGGGCUAGUAAGCAAGUUAUCUACCAAAAUCCUGGGUUUCCCUACCAAAGUCCAAAUUAUCCACCAGAAGCACAGAAUAACCCUUAUAUGUAUGGCCGGUAAAUAAGACCAUUUCGAAUCUAAGUAUCAACAUCCUUAUUUAAUAUUCAGAUAAUUACUCACCCUAUCACGCCAUUGGCUUACAACUUAUUGAUCUUUUAUUUCAAUUUUUACUUUGUUCAAGUGA